AUGGGCAUGCGCAACUGCCUCGACGGCAAUAAUAUGUCAGGACAACGCGAUAGCCCCCCUGAAAUUGGGGAACAGCCUGAGCAACCACCCUUGGAGGCCCCAGGGGCAGCUGCCCCCAGUGCUGGGCCUAGCCCAGCCGAAGAGAUGGAGACCAAACCGCUUCACAGCGAGCCCAUCACCAUCGAGAAUGAAGGCGAGGCCUGUGGACCUCCAGAAGUCUCCAGGCCCAACUUGCAGGGCCUCAACCCGACCUUCGAGGAAGCAAGAGCCUGGGGAAGCUACAGCCCACCUCCUGAGGAAGCCAUGCCCUUCGAGGUCGAGCAGCCCAUCUUGGGAGGCUUCUGGCCUACCCAGGAGCAGCUUGGAUACCCCAGUGAGGCCCAUGCAGGCCUGGGGGCCUUUGGCCCAGCGUUCAUGGAGCCCAGAGCCUUCGGUGGUGCCAGCCCAAGCUUGGGAGUCUACAGCCCUCCACCAGAAGAAGCCAUGCCCUUUGAGUUUGACCAGCCUGCCCAGGGAAGCUGCAGUCAACCUCUCUCGCAGGUCCCAGACCUCGCUCCAGGCGGCCCAGGUGCAGGGGUCCCCGGAGCUCCUCCCCAGGAGCCCCGAGCCCUCAGACCUGCAAAUGCUGGCGUCAGAGGGGGCUACAGCCCUCCCCCUGAGGAAGCUAUGCCAUUUGAGCUUGAUGGAGAAGCCUUUGGAGACGACAGCCCACCCCCAGGGCUACCCCGACUUGUCCCGCAAGUCGACGGCGGCGGUCAUUUCACGGCAGUCGCGGUCCCGAGUGCGGUCCACCUCGCUCCCGCCACGAACGCGCCUCCCCUCUGGGUCCCAGGCGCCAUCGGCAGCCCAUCCCGAGAAGCUGUCAAAUCUCCUCCUAACUUCGCAGGAAACAGCCCCCCGAUGGAGAUCUCCGGACCCCAGCUCAAGAUUGGUAGCGCCCCCAUUGGGGUCGACGACGCUCCCGUCAACAUGGACAGCCCCCCAAUCGCGCUUGAUGGCCCGCCCAUCGAAGUCUCCGGAGCCCCAGAUAAGAGAGAGCGAGCAGAGGGACCCCCAGUUGAGGGAGAAGCAGCCGAGAUGGAAGGAGGCUCAGCCGCCGCUGCCGAAGAGGGAGGAAAAGUCCCCUCUCCCGGCGACGGAUCCCCUACCGCCCAGGGAGCUGCUGACGCCCCGGCCGCUCCAGACGCCGGGGCAGCCGCUGGAGCCCCAGCCGAUCCUGGCGCCGGGGCGGCCCCUGGAGCUCCAGCGGAUCCUGACGCCGGGGCGGCCCCUGGAGCUCCAGCGGAUCCUGACGCCGGGGCGGCCCCAGCGGAUCCUGACGCCGGGGCAGCCGCUGCCGCCCCAGCCACUUCUGACGCCGGGGCAGCCGCUGGAGCCCCAGCCGAUCCCGACACCGGGGCAGCCGCUGGAGCCCCAGCCGAUCCCGACACCGGGGCAGCCGCUGCCGCCCCAGCCACUUCUGACGCCGGGGCAGCCGCUGGAGCCCCAGCCGAUCCUGCCGCCCGGGCAGCCCCUGCCGUUCCUGCAGCCUGGGCAGCUCCGGCCACCGGGGCAGCUCCAGCCGGUCCUGCAGCACGGCCAGCGUCAGCAGCCCGAGCAGCUCGGGCAGCCCCUGCCUCCGGGGCCAGACCCAAGCUCCAUCACCUCAGACCCCCCAGCCCGGAGAUUCAGGCUGCCGACCCGCCUACUCCGCGGCCUGCUCGAGCGACUGCCUGGCGGGGCAAGCCUGAGAGCGGCUGUGUCCAGUACUUCGAGGAGGGCUUGGUCAGCAGCGACGAAGACUCCAGCGGAGACGAGUCCGACGAUGGGACCUUCGGAUGCCUGCGCUGGUUUCGGCGCCGGAGAAACCGCAGCCGCCCAAAAAAAGCCCGACGCAACUUUUUCUACAACUUCCUCUCUCAAGCCUUCGGGGGAUGCUUCGGUCGAUCUGAGAGUCCCCAGCCCAAAGGCUCGCGCUCUUCCAAGGUCAAGAAGGUUCCCGUGGCGGAGAAGCGCAAACAGAUGCGCAAAGAAGCCCAGGAGAUGCGUGCCCAGAAACGCGCACAGAAGAAACGCAGCAAGCUCAUCGACAAGCAACUCAAGCAGGAGAAGAUGGACUACGUGUGUACACAUCGUCUGCUGCUUCUAGGUGCUGGAGAAUCUGGUAAAAGCACGAUUGUGAAGCAAAUGAGGAUCCUGCAUGUUAAUGGGUUUAACGGAGAGGGCGGCGAAGAGGACGCACAGGCUGCAAGGAGCAACAGCGAAGGCGAUAAGGCCACCAAAGUGCAGGACAUCAAAAACAACCUGAAGGAGGCCAUUGAAACCAUUGUGGCCGCCAUGAGCAACCUGGUGCCGCCUGUGGAGCUGGCCAACCCUGAGAACCAGUUCAGAGUGGACUACAUUCUGAGUGUGAUGAACGUGCCUGACUUUGACUUCCCUCCUGAAUUCUACGAGCACGCCAAGGUCCUGUGGCAGGAUGAAGGAGUGCGCGCCUGCUAUGAGCGCUCCAACGAGUACCAGCUGAUCGACUGUGCCCAGUACUUCCUGGACAAGAUUGAUAUCAUCAAGCAGGAUGACUACGUGCCAACUGACCAGGACCUGCUUCGCUGCCGUGUCCUGACCUCUGGAAUCUUUGAGACCAAGUUCCAGGUGGACAAAGUCAACUUCCACAUGUUCGACGUGGGUGGCCAGCGCGACGAACGCCGCAAGUGGAUCCAGUGCUUCAACGAUGUGACUGCCAUCAUCUUUGUGGUGGCCAGCAGCAGCUACAACAUGGUCAUUCGAGAGGACAACCAGACCAACCGCCUGCAGGAGGCUCUGAACCUCUUCAAGAGCAUCUGGAACAACAGAUGGCUGCGCACCAUCUCUGUGAUUCUGUUCCUCAACAAGCAAGAUCUGCUCGCUGAGAAAGUCCUUGCUGGGAAAUCGAAGAUUGAGGACUACUUUCCAGAGUUCGCUCGCUACACUACUCCUGAGGAUGCUACUCCUGAGCCUGGAGAGGACCCACGCGUGACCCGGGCCAAGUACUUCAUUCGAGAUGAGUUUCUGAGAAUCAGCACCGCCAGCGGGGACGGGCGCCACUACUGCUACCCUCACUUUACCUGCGCCGUGGACACCGAGAACAUCCGCCGUGUCUUCAACGACUGCCGCGACAUCAUCCAGCGCAUGCAUCUCCGUCAGUAUGAGCUGCUCUAAGAAGGGAACCCCCAAAUUUAAUUAAAGCCUUAAGCACAAUUAAUGAAAAGUAAAACAUAAUUGUACAAGCAGUUAAUCACCCACCAUAGGGCAUGAUUAACAAAGCAACCUUUCCUCUCCCCCAGUGAUUCUGAAAAACCCCCAUUUUCCUUCUGCUUGCUUAGAUGUUCCAAAUUUAGAAAGCUUAAGGCGGCCUACAGAAAAAGAAAAAAAAGGCCACAACAGUUCCCUCUCACUUUCAGUAAAAGAUAAAAAUAACAGCAGCAAACAGAAAUAAACAAAUAAAUAAAUGAAAUAAAUAAAUGAAAUAAAUGAAAUAAAUAUUGUGUUGUGCAGCAUUAAAAAAUCCAAAUAAAAAUUAAAUGUGAGCAAAGAA